CUUCGUGAACGAGAGACAACAAUCUCUCACUGCCCCAUCCGCACCUCCACUGCGCCUUUACACGACUUUCCUACUUUUCAUCAACCAGGAUGCGCGCCGAUUGAUUCUUUCUGCAAAUUGUACCAGCGCCGACUUUCAGCGAUCGCCUCUUUCGCGUGCCUACGCGCGACCGAAAACAAACAUUCGAAGCUACUCCAUCCGCGACUUGAACAACGUCACUCGUUCGGAUCACCAUCGAAUCUGCCUAGAAAGAUACGCGCACACCCAGAGUUCUAUACAACAUGUCUUUCAGCUUUGGAAACCCGGCAGGCGGAGAAAAGAAGACGGGCACUCUGUUUGGAAGCACCACAGCACCGUCUGGCGGUCUUUUCGGUCAAUCGCAGCAGCAACAGCCGCAGCAGUCGAACGCGACACAAUCCAGCCUCUUCGGUUCAUCGACCGCUCCUCCCCAAAACAACACCAAUAGCCUGUUUGGCUCGGCACAACCGCAGCAACAGCAGCAAAACUCGGGAUCGAGCUUGUUCGGCCAGCCUCAGCAACAGCAGCAGCAGCAGCAGCAGCAGCAGAACGCAGGCUCAAGCCUUUUCGGACAGCCUCAACAGCAACAACAAAAUGCCGGCUCAAGUCUGUUUGGUCAGCCUCAGCAACAACAGCAACAGCAGCAGCAGGGGCAGCAGCAACAGCCAAACAUGAGUAACAGCCUCUUCGGCGCCUCAUUGCAGCCUGCGCCCGUCUUGAACAAUGUUCAGGCGCAAAGCAUCCAGCAACAGCGCGAAGGGCUUCCGCAGUUGCGCCAAUCCUCCGCGCAACCCUUCGCUGCCUCUACCAUGAACGGUCACAGAGAGAAGUCGGUGAUAGAGCAGAUACGGAUCCUUAAUAACAAGUGGGACCCGAACAGCCCCGAAUGCGUAUUUCAAUACUACUUCUACAACUCGGUCAAGCCUGAAGAAGCGCCCUUCUACGGACCCUCGCACGGUGAAGACGAACGGAAAUGGGAAGAGGCUUUGUCCAAGAAGCCAAGUCCAGGUGCUAUUCCCGUGCUUGCGCGUGGCUUUGAGCAAGUUGGAGAACGCAUCAAGCAGCAAGCAGCCGCCGUCACCGCGCUACGAACCCGCCUACACGAGAUCAACAAUGCACUGUCGCUUCUCAAAGAUGCCCACGAGCUGACGGUAGCAUCGCGCAUCACUGAAGCUAAGCGCAAGCACGUCGUCUUCACUCAGCGAACAUUGGCCCUUGCAACUAAGGUCCAGAUCUUGCGAAACCGAGGAUACGUUAUGGAUCAGCCAGAGGAGGAAUUGAAGAAGAAGCUUAUCGAGUUGGAGAAGCAGACCUUUGAUCCUGUACUUGGCGGGCGACAAGAAGAGAUCUGGGCGCGCAUGUCCGGUGUGCGCGAGCGGGCACGUAUCCUACAAGAGGAGACUGAGAAGCUGGGCAAGACGAUUGACCAACAGCAAAACGGCGAACUUCUUACAGAUGAAGACCAGAAGGCAUUGGAGAAGCUCCUCAAAGACUACGACCGACAACUCGAGCACCUCAAGAAGUGGGUCGACGACACCAGAGACGAAUACAACGAGUGGGAGACUGCAAAGCAGUCAAGGCCCGCAAAGCGAUAAGGGCAUAAUACGAGGGCGCAUUUGUCAUGUACGAUUCACAGGUGAUGUAGAGGUUAUAUUGCGAAAAGUUGGGCGUUGCAAGAUACCAAGCAGCAGCGGACGGAUGCAUAGAAGGCGUACAAUCAAGCGU